AUGUCCACACCCGGAACAGUAGGAAACACAAGAAAGCUCAACUUCAUGAGCAACCAGCUGUCCAAAGACGUGACUCUGGUAUUCAUGUUCGAACCCCUGACAAAGGGGAAGCUGUUCUCGGACAUUUUCCCAGUCUGCUGGAAGGUCAUGAAGUUCCGGGCGGGUUCCAUUGACAACGGCCUUGCGAUGUACACGGCGGAUACUGGAUUUUUGAUCCCACAGGUUGAUAGCGGAAACAUCGUGUUCUCCAGCAGUGCCCGCCGCUGUCAAAGCGGGCAGGUCUGCGAGCUUGUGACAGAAGACGGAGAUAACUUCCUCAAAGCCCCUGUCAAAGCUGAAAAUGCAGACAAUAUUGUGCAAUGUAAAGUCAAGACCGACUUUCCUGCCACGCUUGGAUUUGGAAUAUUCGACAAGUCUGGGACCCGGAUGGAACCUAUCUUUACAUGGACGGAUAUUCCAAAAGGUGAUACUCUUUCGCUGGCACUUACACCGAAACUUAAAAUUUACGCUGUCACCGACAUCAAAGUAAACCAAGUGCUCAAGGGAGAAGUGCAGAGCCCGAAGCUCUUCGAAGAGAAUUUGAUUGAGCUUCCUCCGUUGUCGAAAUGGGAGGUGUACAUUGAGGAGAACACAAAUGCCGUUCGGAUCAGAAGUGCAACGAGCUCCUAG